AUGGAUACCCAAUUCCCCAAAUCCCUAAUUUCCUUCUUUACCCUAAUCCUCUUCGCGUUCUUCAUCGUCCUCUGCUCCUUCCCCACCGUCCGAUCUGAACUCCAAACCGAAUCCACCAUCAUCCGAUUGCCCUCCGAGUCCGAACCACCCGACGCCUGUGCCGGGUCAAUCCGGUCACCAUCUUUAUGCCCCGUCAAUUGCUUCCGACCCGACCCGGUCUGCGGCGUCGACGGCGUGACAUACUGGUGUGGCUGCCAAGAUGCCCAAUGCGCUGGGGUCAAGGUGGCGAAGUUAGGGUUUUGUGAGGUGGGUAGUGGGGGCUCUGCCCCCCAUUCUGCCCAAGCGCUGCUUUUGGUUCACAUAGUUUGGCUGAUCGUCCUCGGCUUUUCGGUAUUGUUCGGCCUUUUCUGA